AUGAAGGUUUUGUCCAUCAUCGCCGUCCUGCUGCCCGCCAUGCUUGUGACAGCAAUCCCGGUAGCGGAACCGGUGGCAGAGGCAGGGGCAGACACAGGCAUGGAUUUCGUCUCGGCUGGAAUCGAAGCUCGUGAUCUGACUCGGGCUCAAUGCAAGAGAGCUUGUGAUGUUGGUGCCGACGCUAUGCAGAAGUUCUGCCGCUUGACCCCCUUCCACAUUCGACCUUUCUGCUGGGCUGCAGCAACCGCUAUUGAGUCGCCUCUUGGCCAGCGAGCGUGCACCUCAUUCUGUGACAACUUCUUCUAG